CGAGGUAGCCAUGGCGGCUGAGGGUCCCGUGCAGGAACUCUGGGAGGAAGCCUCUUGCUCCAUCUGCCUGGACUUCUUCAGGGACCCGGUGACCGUCGCCCAGUGCGGCCACAACUUCUGCCGAGCCUGCCUGACCCGCAGCUGGGGGGAGUCGUUGGGGGCCGCCGAGCCUGCCUGCCCCCAGUGCAGAGGAAAAGCUCAGCCCAGCAGCCUCAGGCCGAACCAGCAGCUGGCCAACAUGGUGGAAAUAGCCAAGAAAUUCACUCUGCAGGAGCGGAAAGAUGCUGCAGGUGCGCAUGAACAAGUCUGCCAGAAGCACCAGGAGCUCCUGAAGUUUUCUUGCAAGGACGACGAAACCUCCUCCUUCUGCAUGGUCUGCAACGUAUCCGGGGAGCACAGAGAGGUAAUUCCUCUCGAGGAGGCUGCCCGAGACAGUAGGGCAACGGUGGCUGCCAGAAAAGGGAGAGUUUGCCAGAAGCACCAGGAGCCGCUGAAGCUCUUCUGCAAGGACGAUGAAGCCCUCAUCUGUGUGGUCUGUGACCGGUCCAAGGAGCACAGAGAUCACGAAACCCUUCCUUUUGAGGAGGCCUCCCAAGAGUACAAGGAUCAGUUCUGCAGCUGUCUGGAGAUUCUGAAGAAGGAGAGAGAGAGAAUUGUAACGUGUAGAGAAGAUGUAGAGAAGAAGAACCAAGAUGUGCUUGUAAGUGUCAUUGUGGCUGGGGAGUGAACAGAUCCUAGAACU